AUGACCUCGAAGCUGCGACGCCACCCCGCAGCCCCCCCACUGGAGCAAGCCGCGGUGCCGCCCCCUCCCCGCGGCCUUCCUCCCCCUGCACUAGCCCUCCUCCACCACCGCGCCGGCCCUCCUCCACCGGCCCUCAAGGAUAGGAAGAGGAUUAUCAAAUGCUUGAAGGGGCAGAUUAUGAAGCUUGCUCUCAAUGGUUAUGGAUGCCUUUUCGUUAUUUGUCUUCUCUCAAUUGUUGAUGACACAGAACUUUAUACUGAGGUUGUAGAUGAGCUGACAAAGCAGUUAAAGGAACUCAUAUUUGACAAGGUUAACUUGGAUAGUAAGUUGGAUGAUGUAGCUGAUAAAGAACAUGGGGGUUCAGAAGACACACUGGUUGCAUCUGAUAGCAAGGACCUGAUUAAACGGCAGCAAGAACUGUUGGUGAAAAGCGAGCUUUAUGAGGUUCUCAUUGAGACUUGCAUUGAAAAUGUUGGAGAGUUACUUAGAACAAACUUUGGGAAAGAUGUACUAUAUGAGAGGUACUGCUGUUAUGCUUAUGGAGGUUCUGAAUUGCCAAUUUCAAAGGUUGCUGUAGGUGGAAAAAAUAACUUCUUGGAGGGGGUCACUGACAGGAUCCACGUACUUCACAAUGCUAUAGCUUGUGACGCAGCGCGCCCGAGGACAGAUUAUAUUGAUGAGCACCCCUUUGAUAACUACCACUCCAGCCCCAUAAUCAGAAGAAUGAUACUUGAUUGCCCUGCAUUUGCUGCUACCCUCUGGAAAAAAGCCCUCCAAGGGAAAUGCAAGUUAUAUGCAGAUGGAUUCAGCUCUAGGGUGGUGGCUGCCUAUCUGGAAUCUCCAGGUUCCAGGGUGAAGGAUCUUGCGAAAUCCGAGUUGCAACCGCUCAUCGACGGUGGCAUACUGAAGCCUCAGGAACAUAAAGCAGAGGAGGAGAAGUCUGCCAUGGAGUGUAGUUCCGACGAGUGGUCAGAGCCAAAGGAUACGGAUAUUGGCGACUAUGCUAAAAAAGCAUACAUGGAUAUGAAGUCUGGCAAGCUUGUGGUGAGGUUUGGCACCGACAGGUUUACAUGCCCGUUCUGCCCCCAGAAGAAGCAGGAAUACCGUUACAGUGGUCUGCUUGCUCACGCCAUUAGCCAAUCAUCCUACCAUGCUGCAAAGGUGAAGGCAAACCACCAGGCCCUGGUUAAUCAUCUCGAGAUGGACCAUGCCGAUGCAGCAACCUCAUCCUCAAUGCAUGUACGACACAAACUGAUGUUGAUCUAA